GCCACCGACCCCAGAGACCAGGUGUUUGGUCUGCUGGGCAUCCUCAACCUCCUCUUGGAUCUCAGCGGCCGGACGAGGACGGAGCUGGAGGCAAACUACCGCAAACACUGCACGCCUAUCAGCAUAUACACCGACACGGCAGUCUUCAUCAUGGAAGAGUGCAAUAAUCUGGCUCUCCUGACGGCGGUUCCCGAUGACUCGGUCAAGAAGAUUGAGGGCCUGCCGUCCUGGGUGCCCGAUUUCUCCGCAAACGGCCCCUUCGCGUUUCUGGCGAUGAGAUGGCCCGCGGAGAUUCCAUACUUUGAUGCCUGUCGUUCCAUGCCGACGAACUAUCGCGUCGUCGACGACCGGCUCCUCCACGUCAAGGCCUUGUGCGUCGGCACGGUAACGUUGAUGGGCGAGGUAUACUCUGAACUAGCGACCAACGGGAGCUUCACGCAAUGGGCCGACUUCCUCUUGCAAUGCGAUCUCGUAUAUCAGCCGACAGGGCAGUGUCGAGUAGAGGCGUUCUGGAGGACAUUGAUCGGUGACCGAGACGCGUUCAAGCACCCCGCCCCAGACAGCCUGCAAAAGGCUUUCCACUCCUGGAUCGCGGACCACGUCGUGUGGGAGGUAUACUGCACCAUGAAGAAAGGUGCCGAUGUUGAAGAGCACAUCAGCCGUCUGGAGAGCAUCAAGAGACUCGCCGCAUCGGAUGUCAGCAAGACGGUACCCUCGUGCGACGUGAUUAUGGGGUAUUUGAAGCAACUCAAGGAAUGUGAGAAGAAGGAGCAAGUUGAGGGACUAUUUGAUCGCUUCAAGCACACCUGCCAGGUGUAUGUGAAUCUUGCGUUUGAGACGCUCUGGGAGAGGCGGCCAUUCCUGACGGAUAGUGGUCACAUGGGACUUGGAGGCCAAUCCGUGCAAGAUGGCGAUGGAAUAUGGGUGGUUGCUGGCUGUCCAUCACCGCUUGUGCUUCGAGAGUUGCCGGUAUCUUCUAUUUCUGGGCCUUUCAGCUAUCGGUUGAUUGGGGAGGCCUACGUGCACGGCAUCAUGCACGGGGAAGCCGUUGUUGAGGAUGCGUUGUGGGAAGAUGUUUGCAUCCAGUGACAACAUCUUUGCUGAUACUGUUCACAGCAUGUGUCAUUAUUUUGAGCUACAUUAGAAUGUCUUCAUAAGAAGAUUACCAUUACUUAUUUAACC